AUGGGUUGUGGUAUGAGUACCGAGGACAAGGAGGGCAAGGCCCGCAACGAGGAGAUUGAGAACCAACUCAAGCGCGAUAAGAUGUUGCAGCGAAAUGAGAUCAAGAUGCUCCUGCUCGGUGCGGGAGAGUCGGGCAAGUCCACUAUCCUGAAGCAGAUGAAGCUCAUCCACGAGGGCGGAUAUUCGCGCGACGAGCGCGAGUCGUUCAAGGAAAUCAUCUACAGCAACACCGUCCAGUCGAUGCGCGUAAUCCUGGAGGCCAUGGAAUCGCUGGAAUUGCCCCUCGAGGACGCCCGCAACGAAUAUCACGUUCAGACCGUCUUCAUGCAACCGCCUCAGAUCGAGGGCGAGAGCCUGCCCCCAGAGGUUGGCAAUGCGAUCGGUUGCCUGUGGCGCGACACCGGCGUGCAGGAGUGUUUCAAGCGCUCGCGCGAAUACCAGCUGAACGAUUCGGCCAAAUACUACUUCGACUCGGUUGAGCGCAUCGCGCAACCCGACUACAUGCCCACCGACCAGGAUGUCCUGCGCUCCCGUGUCAAGACCACCGGUAUCACCGAGACCACCUUCCUCAUCGGCGACCUGACAUACCGCAUGUUCGAUGUCGGUGGACAGCGUUCGGAGCGGAAGAAGUGGAUCCACUGUUUCGAGAACGUCACUACCAUCCUCUUCCUGGUCGCCAUCUCCGAGUACGAUCAGCUGCUGUUCGAAGAUGAGACGGUCAACCGUAUGCAGGAGGCGCUGACCCUGUUCGACUCGAUCUGCAACUCGCGCUGGUUCGUCAAGACCUCGAUCAUUCUGUUCCUGAACAAGAUCGACCGCUUCAAGGAGAAGCUGCCCGUCAGCCCCAUGAAGAACUACUUCCCCGACUACGAGGGUGGCUCCGACUACGCCGCCGCCUGCGACUACAUCCUCAACCGGUUCGUCUCGCUCAACCAAGCCGAGCAGAAGCAGAUCUACACGCACUUUACGUGUGCCACCGAUACCACACAGAUUCGCUUCGUCAUGGCCGCGGUAAAUGAUAUCAUCAUCCAGGAGAACUUGCGGUUGUGUGGUCUGAUCUAA